CUCCUGCGCUCCGCGGGCGCGCACCGACCCCUGGGCUCCGCUGCAGCCCCCCGGCCCCGCUCCAGCCCCUCGCCUGCGCUCCAGCCCCUCGGUGGUCGCGCAGGGGGUCCCCGCCGUCGCUGUCGCCGCGGUGCUGAGGGUCCCGUCGUCUCCCGGUGCUUCCCGUCGGGGCGCGGGUGCGGGAUGUCCCCGCGGGCGCUGUCGCUGGUGCUGUCGCUGGUGCUGUCGCUGGUGCUGGCCCUGGGGGCGGCCGAGGAGGGGGAAGCCGCCGUCGGGGCCGCCCCGCCGGGACCCGCCGCUUUCCAUCGAGCCGCCAAGGCGUCGUGGCGGCUGCCCGGGCGCUACGUGGUGAUGCUGCGGGCGGGCAGCGAGGCCGAGGUGCGGGACACGGCCCGGUGGCUGCAGGUCCGGGCGGCUCGGCGGGGACACAUGGCCGAGCUGCUGCACGUCUUCCACCUCCUGCCCGCCUUCCUGGUGAGGAUGAGCAGCGACCUCCUGGACACGGCGCUGAAGCUGCCGCACGUGAAGUACAUCGAGGAGGAUGCCUUUGUCUUUGCCCAGAGCAUUCCCUGGAACCUGGGCAGGAUCGUGCCACCACAGCCCGGCUCCGGCACCUACAGCCCGCCCAAUAAAGGUGACCUGGUGGAGAUUUUCCUGCUGGACAGCAGCGUGCAGAGCACCCACCGCGAGAUCGAGGGCAGGGUGACUGUGACCGGCUUCGAGAGCAUCCCCGAGGAGGAUGGCACCCAUGUCCACCGGCAGGCCAGCAAGUGCGACAGCCACGGGACCCACGUGGCCGGGGUGCUGAGCGGGCGCGACGCCGGCGUGGCCACGGGCGCCAACAUCCGCAGCCUCCGUGUGCUSAACUGCCAGGGGAAGGGCACGGUCAGCGGGACCCUCAUGGCCCUGGAGUUCGUCAGGAGGACGCUGGAGGCUCAGCCCUACGCCCCGCGGGUGGUGCUGCUGCCCUUGGCCGGUGCCCACAGCCCAGCGCUGAACGCCGGCUGCCGGCGGGUGGCACGGACCGGAGCCGUGCUGGUGGCGGCUGCCGGCAACUACAAGGACGAUGCCUGCCGGUUCUCGCCCGCGUCCGAGCCGGAGGUCAUCACGGUGGGUGCCACCGACAGCGAGGACCAACCCGCCUCCAUCGGCACCCUGGGCACCAACUUCGGCCGCUGCGUGGACCUGUUUGCCCCGGGGGACGACAUCAUCGGCGCCUCCAGCGACUGCAGCACGUGUUUCACGGCGCAGAGCGGGACCUCGCAGGCGGCCGCGCAUGUGGCAGGCAUCGCUGCCGUGCUGCUCAGCGCCGAGCCCCKGCUGAGCCCCGCCGAGCUCCGGCAGCGCCUCCUGCGCUUCUCCGCCAAGAACCUCAUGGACCCCGCGCGGUUCCCGGAGGAGCAGCGGCUCCAGACACCCAACAGCGUGGCGGGGCUGCCCACCCGGCUGGGAGCAGGUGAGGGUCUCGCUGCCUGCUGGGUGCUCGGCAGAGCUCUGCCCUUGGCAGGAAAGAAGCGCCGGGGUGAAAGCGCCGAGUGCGGGCAGGGCACGGGCCCCGAGCUGUGCCGGGAUCGGCAGAACUGCGCUGCCCAUCCACAGGACAGGGCUGGGCAGAAGGAGUGCGUGGCCCACAGCUCUCUCCAUGGCCAGGGGGUUUAUGCCAUCGCCAGGUGCUGCACAUGGCCCAGGGCUGAGUGCGCGAUCAACGCCAGCUCCCCGGCGGCCGAAGGGGCCGAGUGCUCCCCGCGGGACCGUGUGCUCACCGGCUGCAGUUUCCACUCCCGCUCCRUGGGGCUGGGUGCCGGUGGCCGGCCCGUGGCGGGGCCGGGGCAGGGGCCCAGCCGCUGUGCCAGCAGGGAGGAGGCGAUGGCACACGCCCUGUGCUGCCCCGCUGCCAGCCUCGAGUGCCGGCUGAAGGAGCACAGAGCCCUGGAACCGCAACAGGAGGUGACGGUGUCCUGUGACSAUGGCUGGACACUGACGGGCUGUAACGCCCUUUCCCAGAGCCCCAGCUCCAUGGGAGCCUACACCGUGGACAAUUCCUGCGUGGCAGCCGCUGUCCCKGGCAGCUCGGCCGUGGCCAUCGCCAUUUGCUGCCGGAGCCGGCCGUAGGCGCGGGAUGAAGUGACUCCUGUGGCACAGCAGGGAUGGAGGCUUUGCUGGAUCCUCGUGUCCCUGAACCAGGGCCUUUCCAGGGAUUCCAGCACGAUCCAGGGAUUCCAGCACGAUCCAGGGAUUCCAGCACGAUCCACGCCCCCACACGUGGCUGCUGUGACCUCCAGGCUGUGCUGGUGGGGGAUAAACUCUGCUCCCCCUCGCACAAAGCUCUCUUCAAAAGCUCUCCAAGCAGCCCCCAUGGAGCUCUCCAUGGAGCCCUGCUCCAUCACUGGAGUCAUCCCAKAAUCCUUUCCCUGCCGUGCACUCGAUCUUCCUACACACACCUCGACUGUGCAAACCGUGGUGGACUCACCCAACCUAUGACAAACCCAUCACCUUUUAAAGAAAAAAAAUACUGUGAGGAUUGCUCCUUCCUUUCCUGGUUAGUUGCUCAUUAGUUGUCAGCUAAUGCUGCUUAGCACCUGGAAAAUCCUAGUUUAGCCGUUUUUGGGCAGUUUUAUAAUUGCCUGCUCGUAUUCCUAGGAGACUUCUUUACUUUGGAGUCAAGUGUGAGGGCUGUAGUUUAAACAGUCUGCUUGGUUAAUUAGAUUUUUAUCUGCAUUGCUACAGUCAGCUACUGCUUCGUUAGUGCUUUUUUUGUUGUUAAGUCAAAGUUAAUGAUCUGCUGGUGUUAUGUGUUAACAGUUUCAGGUCUUCCCAAGACACAUAGAACUGUAGGAGGCUGUAAUUCCUUUAAAAUAGAACGAAGAAAAAGCUUUCCUGGCACCUUAGUUUUUACAUUUGUACUUUAAAUAUUUAUUUGGGAUUUUAUAAAUAAGCAUUUUAUAAAUGUCUUUUUAAAAUAAAAUUCAUAGC